AAUCCACUUGCUUUAUCACGCAUUACAAACGAUCUUAGCAACAUUACCAAUUAACUACCAUAGAAAAGAUACCCCGGAAUCAACAUCUAACCCCGAGCCCCUCCGAAUAUCCCCAUACUUUUAUUUUAACCCAAGUCAGGUCCCCCAUGCGUCGCAUCAUUAAACCGCUCACAACUCACUCAUCACGACUAUUUUCAACCUCUCGAUUCAUCAUGGGAGACGCAAUCCUCAAGCGCAACCCUCACCCGGAUUUUAAGAAGGUCGAGGCUUCGAGACCUGAGCUGGAUGCCAAGUCUCAGUUUCGCUACACCAAGACUGUUGAUGCGGAUUGGACUUUUGGUGAGGGUGCGAAUAAGUUGGGCAAGGAUGAUGGUGAUAAGAAACAUGUCGCCAUAGAUCCUCAUGAGGAGGGUCGCCCUGCGGGGUUCAAUUACAAGCUUCUCAUCUCUGCUAUUGUACCGCGUCCUAUCGCUUUCGUGAGCAGUCAAGCUCCCGACGGUACAAAGAAGAACCUCGCCCCGUUCAGUUACUUCAACAUGAUGGGCCACGACCCGCCCAUGUUUGUUGUUGGUUUCGCAUCUGGACUCGCCAAUGCGAAGGACACACUUCGCAACGUCUCCGAAUCCGGCGAGUGUGUUAUCAACAUCAUCUCAGAGCACUUCAUCGAAGCCGCAAACUCAGCUAGCGUCAACGCCCCUGCUGAUGUAUCUGAGUGGGAUAUCUCGGGCCUGACACCCAAGUACGACUGCGAGACCGUCAAGUGUGCUCGUGUGGGCGAGGCUAUUGUUAGCAUUGAGUGCAAGCUCGAUAUGCUCAAGGAGUUCGACAGUAAGGCACGACCUGGAAACAAGUCUGGGUGUAUGGCCGUUUUCGAGGGAACUCGUUUCUGGGUUCGAGAGGAUGCGUUGAACGAGGAUAAGAAUAUGGUUGAUCCUGGUGUGUUGAAGCCAGUCAGCCGAUUAGGAGGAAUCACAUAUGCCAGGGUUACUGAGGCGUUCGAGAUCCCAAGAACAGAUUUUGAUAAGGACGUCGGUGGCCAAGAGGGAGCUGAAAAGAUACAAAAGCAAAAGAACUAGGUCAGACGUGGUAUAUAUUCAUUCAUGACCAAACACCAAAUAUAUAGACUAAACAAGCCCGCAAACAGGGCUUAAUAACAAAAUGGCCAUCAUGCAAUACAGUUCCCCAGGAGUGAUACAUGCC